GAAUUUGAUGUAUCUAUGAUGGAGAGCAAGUUGGGAGAUGCAGAUUCGGUAAUUGUCACCGGAAGUAAUCUGAAAAAUCAAGCGGAAAAGGCCGCUCAAAAGAAUCCUGACCAAUUAGAUGCAUAUCUGUUUGACAUUACUCUUCUGCUCGCUAUACAGAAUGAAGAUGGAAUUCCACAGUUACCUGCUGGUUAUCGAGCUCGGCCUUUGCACUCAAAAGACAUUGAUAUGAACUACUUUGCCUUACUGGAACAAGAAGAAGACUCGUUCCAUUUGGAUAAAAAAGCAUUUACAGAAAAGUGGGGGAUUAUUAUUGCCACUGUCACUCUCGUAAUCGAACUUAAAUAUAUCCAUGCGCUUGGAACUCGAGGCCGUGUCGAAAGUUUAAUAGUUGAUUCAAACCAUCGCGGUUUUGGACUUGAAAGGGUUCUUGGAACGUAUGCGUUCAAAUUGGCCCGACUUCUUUCCGUGUACAAAGUUACAGUUGGAUGUUCGGACAAUUUGAUUGCUCUUUUUGAAAAUUGUGGGUUUAGAAAGGAUAUUGGAAACAACGUCAUGUCUCAACACCUAGACAGUUUCUGCAAAGAAGAGGAGUUAGCAAAGUGUUUCAGAUCAGAAGGUGUUGAGUUAUUUAAUGCCAGUAUACUGCAAGAGCUUGAUCUAAGCAAAAUGCCUGAACUGCGCCAGAAUUUAAAAGUUAGACCACUGCGAGUUGAUGACUGGGGUAGAGGCUAUCUAAAUGUGUUGGAGCAGCUAACAGUUGUGGGCGCUGUUUUGGAAACGGAUUACAGAGAACGUUUCAAGUCUAUGCAGUCAUCGACCUUAUCGCGUUACUUUGUGGUUGUUAUUGAAGAUCUUGAUUUAAAAAGACUCGUAGCGAGUGGAACUCUCUACAUAGACUUACAUGGUAAUGAGGCCCACGGACACUUUGAAGAUAUAGUAGUCAGUGAAAACUACCGUGGAAGAAAGUUGGGUCAGUAUCUGUGUACUUGUCUUCUAGAGCUGGCUCGUCGAGUUGGUAUUCGCCGAUUAACAUUAGAGGCCCGUGACAGGGUACUUGAAUUUUACAAGAAAUAUGGGUACAGAAGAGUUGCAAACCUCAUGAGCUACAAGUUCUGUGAAUAA